AAUGGCUGCUUAGUUCUUUGUCCAGCGUUGUCUCUGGCCUAAGCGUAUUAUUUAGAAGAAUGGAGGAAAACCAAGUUAUCGAAAAGUGCCCAACCUGCGACUGUGCUAUAGAGUAUGGGUACAGCCACCAGUGCUACUCUAAUAUUUACUCAAAGUUAUUUGAAAGUAUUUGUAUGAAUAAAUAAAACCGAUCUUGAUGAACUGCAAAAUAGGCUCAAAGGGAUUUUAAGUGACUGAAAAGCUGUGAGGCAAGCUAAGCAAGCAGAAUUAAGCGAAGUGAGGAAAAAGAAGUUUUAGCAUUUGAGGAAGAGGUACAAAAGCCAUUUGGUGUCAU